GCACCUCCUCCACCGUUGCCACCACCAAUCCAAGGAUAUGCCUUUAAACCCCCUCCUCGGCCAGAUUUUGGCACUUCUGGGAGAACAAUCAAACUGCAGGCCAACUUCUUUGAAAUGGACAUUCCUAAAAUAGAUAUCUACCAUUAUGAGUUGGAUAUAAAGCCAGAAAAAUGCCCUAGAAGAGUUAACAGAGAAAUAGUGGAGCAUAUGGUUCAGCACUUUAAAACCCAGAUUUUUGGGGAUCGCAAACCAGUGUUUGAUGGAAGAAAAAACCUUUAUACAGCAAUGCCACUUCCCAUUGGGAGAGAUAAAGUGGAGCUGGAGGUCACGCUGCCUGGAGAAGGAAAGGACAGAAUAUUUAAGGUGGCUAUAAAGUGGAUGUCCUGUGUGAGUUUGCAGGCUUUACAUGAUGCUCUUUCUGGUCGGCUGCCAGGUGUCCCGUUUGAAACCAUCCAGGCACUGGAUGUAGUGAUGAGGCACUUGCCUUCCAUGAGAUAUACUCCUGUGGGGCGAUCUUUUUUUACAGCAUCGGAAGGGUGCUCAAAUCCAUUGGGUGGUGGCAGAGAAGUUUGGUUUGGCUUCCAUCAAUCAGUCAGACCUUCAUUAUGGAAAAUGAUGUUAAAUAUAGAUGUAUCUGCAACUGCAUUUUACAAAGCACAGCCAGUUAUUGAGUUUGUAUGCGAAGUUUUGGACUUCAAAAGUAUUGAAGAACAACAAAAACCUCUGACAGAUUCCCAAAGGGUGAAGUUUACCAAAGAAAUAAAAGGUCUAAAGGUGGAGAUAACACACUGUGGACAAAUGAAAAGGAAGUACAGAGUGUGCAAUGUCACCAGGCGACCAGCAAGUCACCAAACAUUCCCACUUCAGCAGGAGAAUGGACAAACAGUUGAAUGCACUGUAGCUCAGUAUUUUAAGGACAGGCACAAAUUAGUUUUACGCUAUCCUCAUCUUCCAUGUUUACAAGUUGGACAGGAGCAGAAACACACAUACCUUCCUCUUGAGGUGUGCAACAUAGUGGCAGGACAAAGAUGCAUAAAGAAACUCACUGACAAUCAAACUUCCACUAUGAUUCGAGCAACAGCCAGAUCAGCACCUGACCGUCAAGAAGAGAUUAGCAAAUUGAUGCGGAGUGCAAGUUUUAACACUGACCCUUACGUUCGUGAGUUUGGAAUCAUGGUCAAAGAUGAAAUGACAGAUGUGACCGGCAGAGUUCUACAGCCUCCUUCAAUCCUCUACGGAGGCAGGAAUAAAGCAAUUGCUACACCAGUUCAAGGAGUCUGGGACAUGAGGAAUAAACAGUUUCACACUGGAAUUGAAAUAAAAGUUUGGGCAAUUGCAUGCUUUGCUCCCCAGCGCCAAUGCACUGAGGUUCAUCUUAAGUCCUUUACAGAACAACUGAGGAAGAUUUCCAGAGAUGCAGGAAUGCCAAUCCAGGGGCAGCCAUGCUUCUGUAAAUACGCGCAGGGAGCGGAUAGUGUUGAACCCAUGUUCAGACACCUCAAGAACACUUACACUGGGCUGCAGCUCGUUGUAGUCAUUUUACCAGGAAAAACACCAGUCUAUGCGGAGGUGAAGCGCGUUGGAGACACUGUGCUGGGAAUGGCUACACAAUGUGUUCAGAUGAAAAAUGUGCAAAGAACAACACCCCAAACUCUGUCUAACCUUUGCUUAAAAAUAAAUGUCAAAUUAGGAGGCGUAAAUAAUAUUUUGCUGCCGCAGGGAAGACCACCGGUAUUUCAACAGCCUGUCAUAUUCCUUGGAGCAGAUGUAACUCAUCCACCAGCUGGAGAUGGAAAAAAGCCUUCCAUUGCUGCAGUUGUAGGAAGCAUGGAUGCUCAUCCUAAUCGUUACUGUGCCACUGUUCGGGUCCAGCAGCACCGCCAAGAAAUCAUCCAAGAUUUAGCUGCCAUGGUGAGGGAGUUGCUUAUCCAGUUCUACAAAUCAACAAGAUUUAAGCCAACUCGUAUAAUCUUCUACAGAGAUGGUGUUUCUGAGGGGCAGUUUCAACAGGUUCUUCAUCAUGAACUGCUGGCUAUCAGAGAAGCAUGCAUUAAACUGGAGAAGGAUUACCAGCCUGGAAUCACAUUUAUAGUUGUGCAGAAAAGGCACCACACCCGACUCUUCUGUACAGAUAAAAAUGAACGGGUUGGAAAAAGUGGUAACAUUCCAGCUGGUACCACAGUGGACACAAAAAUCACCCAUCCAUCAGAGUUUGACUUUUACCUGUGUAGUCAUGCUGGUAUUCAGGGAACAAGCAGACCGUCUCAUUACCAUGUCCUCUGGGAUGACAAUCGUUUCUCUUCAGAUGAGCUGCAGAUUCUUACCUACCAGCUGUGUCACACGUAUGUACGCUGUACACGUUCCGUUUCCAUCCCCGCACCAGCAUAUUACGCGCACCUGGUUGCCUUCAGAGCCAGGUAUCAUCUGGUGGAUAAAGAACACGAUAGUGCUGAAGGAAGCCACACAUCCGGUCAGAGUAAUGGCAGAGAUCAUCAAGCACUUGCUAAAGCAGUUCAAGUUCAUCAGGACACGUUGCGCACUAUGUACUUUGCUUGACAUGUUUUAAUGUUUAGCAACUCAGUACAAUACUGAGUUGGAUUCACAACAGACCAGCUGCACUUAGACCAACAGUUGCCCAAUCUACAGUGACAGCCAGCAAUGAGUGAUGCAUCUUAAUUUUUUUCUUUCCCGUUUGCAAAAACGCCUUCCGUCCAGAAUUUCAGACUUGAUUGUGCACUGCAUUCUUGUACCAAACCCCACUAUUGUUGGAAAUGUGGUUUGCCAAAAAUCUCUAAGCUGCUUUGUAUAAAACAGACCCAUAUUUUAUAAUUAAAUCAAGAGCUGUGAUCUCAGGGCUUAGGGAAAAAAAAAAACAAAAACGAAAGAACAAUCCAACUCACAAAACUCAUU